CUUCAUUAACAUAUUUAAGUCUACGAGACUGUGAACUCUCUAAUUCUAAUCUUGGACUUCAUCUUAAUUCAAGUAAAAUACUUCCCAACAUUGAACAUCUGGAUCUUAGAUCAAACUAUUUUGAAGGUCAACUCCCUCACUUUUUUCAGAACUUUACAUCCUUAACGUUCCUUGAUCUUUCAGACUAUAAUCUUAGUCUGGCAUGGAACUCUGUAAACCUGCUAAACAUGAUCCCUUCUUUAUCUGAAUUGCAUUUGUCAUACUGUGGACUUCACAGUGCCCACUUUUCACCCACUUCUUUGAAUUCCAGUACCCAUUCUAACAUACAAUAUCUUGAUCUUAGCUAUAAUUCAAUUGGGGGUAGGUUUCCAUCUGAACUAAUGAACAUCACAUCCCUAAAAGUCCUUGACCUUUCAUCUAGCAGUUUGAACUCAUCAAUUCCUGUCAUGCCUAACCUUCUAAAGCUCGAUGUUUCUCGUAAUAACUUUGAGUACAUCGAGUUUGUUGGGAUUUGGAGACAAUGUCAUCUGAAGGAAUUGAGCUUAUCAAGAAAUUAUUUUGGAGGGGAAUUGAUAGGCCCAUCAUCAAACACGUCUGAAUGUUCCCACUAUGCUUUAGAGGUGUUGGAAGCAGAUGAAAAUGAAUUAAACGGUUCGAUUCCAGAAUCUGUUGGAAAACUAAACAAUUUAAGAGUCUUACAUCUCAGUAUAAACAGUUUUACAGGUUCAAUCCCUAAAGCUUUGGAGAGAUUAAGAUCUUUAGAAGAAUUAGAUCUGUUUCAUAACAAAUUAACCGGUCCCGUUCCGACAUUCCUUGGAAACCUUACCAAACUUGACCUUUCUGAUAAUCAGUUUAGUGGUUCUAUCCCAGAAUCAUUGGGAAGAUUAACAGGUUUAACUGAUUUAUAUCUGCAAUCAAACCUGUUAACAGGUCCAAUCCCAGAAUCAUUGGGAAGAUUAACAGGUUUAACUCAUUUAUAUCUGCAAUCAAACCUGUUAACAGGUCCAAUCCCAGUUACAGUUGGGCAACUCACCAAACUCGUUGACUUAGAUGUCUCUGAAAAUUCUUUAGAAGGAGUGGUUAUGGAAGCCCAUUUUGCUAACCUCUCGAUGUUGCAGUGGUUGGAUAUAUCUUCAAAUUAUAAGUUGAUUAUUAAUAUCUCAAAUGAGUGGAUACCUCCAUUCCAACUGAAUUAUCUUCAACUUAGUUCUUGCAAGAUUGAAAAUGGAUUUCCAGAGUGGUUGCAAAAUCAAAGGAUGCUUGAGGAGUUGGUAUUGUCUAAUGCUAGCCUAUAUGGUCUUCCACCAACAUGGCUUCAGAAUAUGCCCAUACUUGAUAAAUUAGAUCUCUCUCACAACAAACUCAUUGGAUCUUUGAUAAACCUUCCAUUUAGCGAACAUACCAAGUUUUUAUCUCUACAAGACAACCUUUUCAAUGGGUCAAUUCCAAGGUUAAUGUGUAGAAGAACAAGCUUGGUAAUUCUCGAUGUUUCCAGAAAUCGGUUAUCUGGAAAUAUUCCUGAUUGUCUAGAGAAUCUACAAGACAUGAGGAUGCUUAUACUUAGUUCAAAUGGGUUGUCUGGAGUCCUCCCAAGUUCUUUAGGAAAUAUUAAUUCAUCAUUAAGAUGGUUAAAACUGAAUGAUAAUAAGUUCAAUGGCCAAAUACCACAAGACUUGGGAAAGUUGAGAAACUUAGAAGUUUUAGAUUUGGGCAAUAACGAAUUCUCAGGAAACAUACCAAAAUGGAUUGGAGAUAAACUUUCAGAAUUGGGGAUUCUCAGGUUGCAUAAAAACAACUUCACAGGAGGUAUUCCUCAUUCUUUGUGCAAAUGUUCAUCUCUUCGUAUUUUAGACAUCGCACACAACAACUUAACAGGAUACAUCCCUCAAUGUUUUGGAGAGUUGAGCGGGAUGGUUGAGGCAAGAGAUGCAUUUAAUUAUGAAGUGCGUUACGAGGAGGAGUAUAAUCUGAUGGAUGUGAUUCAAGUCAUUAAAGGAAGCGAGCUUGAAUAUACAAAAACGAUUUAUUUGGUUGUUAACAUGGACCUUUCAAGCAAUAAACUUACAGGGGAAAUCCCUGUAGAGCUAACUGCACUUGCUUCAUUGAUGGGUCUCAAUUUGUCUCAUAAUCACCUGAGUGGGAGUAUUCCAGAUAGCAUUGGAAACAUGAAGGCGUUAACUUCUCUCGAUUUCUCAGACAACCAAUUAAACGGGACAAUCCCUCCGAGCAUGGCAGCUUUGAACUUUUUGAGCUCGAUGAAUCUGUCACACAACAACUUGUCAGGAAGAAUUCCAGCUGGAAAUCAAUUGCAGACACUUAACGACCCAUCAAUAUAUGCUGGUAACAGGGAUCUCUGUGGUGCACCUCUGCCAAAUAAUUGUUCUAAUCAUGAAAACCCACCAGCCACAAGAAGCAAGAACAAACACAAAAAUGCUAAUGAGCCAAAGAAUGUAUGGUUUUACUUGGACAUAACAUGUGGAUUUGCAACAGGUUUUUGGGGUAUUAUUGGAGUUUUGGCAUUCAAGAAGCAAUGGAGAAGGAAGAUUUUUAUGAUUGCAGAGGUAACCAUGGAUAAAGUAUAUGUGGUGGUUGCAGUGAAGAUUUCCAAGAUUAAAAGAGGCAGAGAAGCCUGAUGCAUUCUUAUAAAUUACAAUAUUUGUAAAAUUGUUGUUUUGCUUUUAAAUACUUAUGUUGUGCUAUAUAUAUAUAUGUAUGUAUCAUGGUUGUGUUUUAUAAAAAUAAAAAUAUUGCAAUACAUGAGAUAGAAUACAGGUGAUAGAAGAAGUGGACGAAAGAUUAGAUAUGCACAACUUACCAAUGGGUAGAAAAUCAUGUGAUGACAGUAGAUUCGCUCUAUGUUGAAAUGCCAUCCUCUAUUUGAAUUCGAUCUUCCAGCUGAGUCCUGAAUAGAAAUAAAAAGGCAACAACAGCAGCAAUGAUGAUUACCAAGAAACAAUCCAAAAAGAGGUAUGCAACAAUUGUUCAGUAAGUGAUACAAACAACUGUAGUUCAAAUAACAAAUCUCUCAUUGUUUUUCGUUCUUUAGAUUCUUUCUCGUUCUGUUGUCUUUCCUGCAAAAUCUUUACA